AGCGGCCGCGCCCCCUGCGCUGCCAACCCGCGAGCCCGCAUCAUGGAUGUCGAGCUCCCCUAUUUCGCAUUGCUAGCCCUGGAAUUCCAGACCCCAGACGAGGACCAGGAUUCAUGAAAUCAGUCGCAGGGGCCGGGGCAGGGGCCUCUGGCUCCCGACACUGGCCGAGAGGUGAUGAGUGAGGUUCGAAGAACGGAAGAUUUAAAAAGCAGCCGGGGCCUCCGUAUUGAAUGAAAGACCCAGUGCAAAGACAUCACCAUGAACACUAGCAUUCCUUAUCAGCAGAAUCCUUACAAUCCACGGGGCAGCUCCAAUGUCAUCCAGUGCUACCGCUGUGGAGACACCUGCAAAGGAGAAGUGGUCCGCGUGCACCACAACCACUUCCACAUCAGAUGCUUCACCUGUCAAGUAUGUGGCUGUGGCCUGGCCCAGUCAGGCUUCUUCUUCAAGAACCAGGAGUACAUAUGCACCCAGGACUACCAGCAACUCUAUGGCACCCGCUGUGACAGCUGCCGGGACUUCAUCACAGGCGAAGUCAUCUCGGCCCUGGGCCGCACUUACCACCCCAAGUGCUUCGUGUGCAGCUUGUGCAGGAAGCCUUUCCCCAUUGGAGACAAGGUGACCUUCAGUGGUAAAGAAUGUGUGUGCCAAACGUGCUCCCAGUCCAUGGCCAGCAGUAAGCCCAUCAAGAUUCGUGGACCAAGCCACUGUGCCGGGUGCAAGGAGGAGAUCAAGCACGGCCAGUCACUCCUGGCUCUGGACAAGCAGUGGCACGUCAGCUGCUUCAAGUGCCAGACCUGCAGCGUCAUCCUCACCGGGGAGUAUAUCAGCAAGGAUGGUGUUCCAUACUGUGAGUCCGACUACCACGCCCAGUUUGGCAUUAAAUGUGAGACUUGUGACCGAUACAUCAGUGGCAGAGUCUUGGAGGCAGGAGGGAAGCACUACCACCCAACCUGUGCCAGGUGUGUACGCUGCCACCAGAUGUUCACCGAAGGAGAGGAAAUGUACCUCACAGGUUCCGAGGUUUGGCACCCCAUCUGCAAACAGGCAGCCCGGGCAGAGAAGAAGUUAAAGCAUAGACGGACAUCUGAAACCUCCAUCUCACCCCCUGGAUCCAGCAUUGGGUCACCCAACCGAGUCAUCUGCGCUAAAGUGGAUAAUGAGAUCCUUAAUUACAAAGACCUGGCGGCUCUCCCCAAGGUUAAGUCUAUCUACGAGGUACAACGCCCCGACCUCAUUUCCUAUGAGCCUCAUUCCAGAUACACGUCCGACGAGAUGCUGGAGAGAUGUGGCUAUGGAGAGUCGCUGGGAACAUUAUCUCCCUACUCCCAGGACAUCUACGAGAACCUGGACCUCCGGCAGAGACGGGCUUCCAGCCCGGGGUACAUAGACUCCCCCACCUACAGCCGGCAGGGCAUGUCCCCCACCUUCUCCCGCUCACCUCACCACUACUACCGCUCUGGGCCCGAGAGUGGCCGGAGCUCUCCAUACCAUAGCCAGUUAGAUGUGAGGUCCUCCACUCCAACCUCUUACCAGGCUCCCAAGCACUUUCACAUCCCAGCUGGAGACAGUAACAUCUACCGGAAACCCCCGAUCUACAAACGGCAUGGUGAUUUGUCUACAGCAACCAAGAGCAAAACAAGUGAAGACAUCAGCCAGACCUCCAAGUACAGUCCCAUCUACUCGCCAGACCCCUACUAUGCUUCGGAGUCUGAGUACUGGACCUACCAUGGGUCCCCCAAAGUGCCCCGAGCCAGAAGGUUCUCGUCUGGAGGAGAGGAGGAUGAUUUUGACCGUAGCAUGCACAAGCUCCAAAGUGGAAUUGGCCGGCUGAUUCUGAAGGAAGAAAUGAAGGCCCGGUCAAGCUCCUAUGCAGAUCCCUGGACCCCUCCCCGGAGCUCCACCAGCAGCCGGGAAGCCCUGCACACAGCUGGCUAUGAGAUGUCCCUCAAUGGCUCCCCUCGGUCGCACUACCUGGCUGACAGUGAUCCUCUCAUCUCCAAAUCUGCCUCCCUGCCUGCCUACCGAAGAAAUGGGCUGCACAGGACGCCCAGCGCAGACCUCUUCCACUACGACAGCAUGAACGCAGUCAACUGGGGCAUGCGAGAGUACAAGAUCUACCCUUAUGAACUGCUGCUGGUGACUACAAGAGGAAGAAACCGACUGCCCAAGGAUGUAGACAGGACCCGUUUAGAGCGCCACCUGUCCCAGGAAGAGUUCUACCAAGUCUUUGGCAUGACCAUCUCUGAGUUUGACCGGCUGGCCCUCUGGAAGAGGAAUGAACUGAAGAAGCAAGCCCGGCUGUUCUAGGCAGAGGCUCUAUAAAUAUAUAUGCAUUUAUAUAAAGAUAUAUGUAAAAUCUCUCUACUGAAGCUCGGUAUAAUCCUCUCUUGUGUAAUGGGACACACUGCCUGCCAUGAGACUUGCUUUUCUGUACUGUCAGGCAAGCCCACGUCAUCGAGAUAUUUUUAUGCUCCUUACUUUCUCUUUUCUAAGUGCUGUGGGAUCUGGGAAGGGAUUUGAGGGGACUCUGUCCUUUUAUUGGGGAUCCUUUUUAUACUGAAACAUCUGUCCUAACUUGAGUGCCCCAAGGUCCAACUCUCUUUCCUAAAGAAGGUGCCUGAAGAAGUCUCUCUUCUCUCUGCUUCGUGGCCCCUUUCUUAAAUUUCUAGGGCUGAUGCUGACCAUGUGGUUUCCACACCUUAUUGGCCCCAGAGGGGCCCUCCCAUGGGACGAUCUGCAGCAAUCUCCCCAAAUCAAUGAGCACCUUUGAGCACCCAUGAAGAACUUUCUCAACACCCCCAAUUAGGAGCUCAGUGCUCUCUUGGGGCAAUGCAGUUAAAAGGGUGAGCCUCAAAUCUAGUCAUUACACCAGUCAACAGAAGUGGACAGGGCCUAGGCCUCUCCUCAGCUCCUUAACCCUCCUCCUUCUGCCCUGGAUUGUAACCUCUCCCUUGUCCAAAUCUAGGAUUCAUGGUAGGAAAAGGAAAAGGCCCUUCCCUUCCCUCCACCACUUCCAACUGGCCCCUUUGCCUGACCUGGACUUGGAGAACCAGAGGAAAAGAGAGGGAGCGGAAGUGGGAGAUAGAGCAGGGCACCUGUUAGAAUCAGAGCUGCAGGAUUUCUUGGGACCCUCCUCUCUCCCUCACUGCUCCCAGCACCUCCUGACCCUUCCCUUUUUCAAGGAGAGGCCCAUGAUUGCAGCUUGUAUUCUUUAGCCUUAUUACAAUCUAUGUGCCUGACAACUCAACACACCGCAGGGCUAAUGUUCCCACCAGAGCUCCAACUGAAAAACCAGACAGACAACUCUCAUCAUCCUCCAGAGAGAAAAUAGGCCAUGUCCCAAAGAAAGGUUCUUGGUCUAUGCCUCUGGUCUGUGGGCUGGCAGGGCAACCAUACCAUACCCCCGCCAGUCCUCGGCUCCUGCUGCAAAGUUGGCUGUGUUUCACAGGGAAACUUUUGGAAGAGUGGCUGCUUAUGAGAUUCCAAAAUGAAGUGUUGGCCAACACCGCUCAUGGCCAUCCUGGAUUUUCCCGGUGGCUUCCCUUCCUGCUCGCCUCCCUGAACAGGGGAGAAAGCUUAACCUCUCUUCUCCUCUCCAAACCUUUCACCUUGAGUGGGUAAUGUUUGGUGGGGGCUGUUCCUUCUUGGAGAUGCCUUGAGUCGGACCAUUUUGAGAUCAUGGAGGAAGGAUGAAGAAGUGAAAAUGACAAUAAUGACUCUCAAGAGGCUGGUGAUGUGACAUGGCAAAUGUAGAACUGACUUAAAUUGAACAAACCCUCACUGAGCACCUCUGAUGUUGAGCACCUGCUGAAUACUGAGCACUGAAUGGGGGAGGGGGAGGGGAGCACGGGGUGAGUCAACCUGGGACUCGGUCUCAGGGAUAUGCCUACCAGUAGCGGGUAUCGUAAGGCAUGUACCCAAACAUAACGGAUGUAAGGCAGAAAGUGAUCGGAGAAGGAAUGAGAAAGUGUGCGUGAUGUUAAUGAAAAGUCAUAUGCAGUUAGAGCAGACCCAGGAAAGCUUUCUGGAAGAGAUUGCAUCUGAGGAAAUUCAGGAAGGAUCUUUGUAGAUUGGGAGGAGAUUCUAAAUUGAAGGGGUGAUAGGGUGAGGGGCCAGAGGGAAGUCUGCUGUGUUCUCGUGUAGGAUGUCAGCCCUCCCUGCAACUUCUCUUUUUGGCCAAUGUCUUUUCACUUUCCUGACCCUUUAGAAUCAUCCCCAGCCAGACGCAAUCAUGGAAGCUGCCUUAUUGUCACUGGUUAAGAACUUGGCGAGAUUGAAGGGCUUUUGUUAUUGUUAUUGGAUAUUUUUGUUUCCCAUAAAAGCACAUCAUUUCAACCCUAAA